GCUAAAAUGGUUGGGUGCCUGUUUUACCGGCCGGGAGGACGCGUUGUUGGUGCCCCUGCCUGUCGUUUGAUUUUGAAGAAAAUUUUACAAGUGAAAUUCUUUGUUUUUUUGGUCACAAUCGUAGCGAAACCGACGAUAGUGAAGGUGUUUGUUCCAGUGACUGAUUCACUAAAAGACUGCAAAAUGUUGAGCACUGACGCCCAGAUCCGAUAUUUAGUGCAGUGGUUCCACGAAUGGAGCGACUUGCAGAGGUCGGAUUUUGUGCCUAUUCUCGCGGAAAAGUACGCCAAUAAGGCCUACGUCAACGGAAUUGUCAAUAGCAUCGCUAAUGUUAACUGCCAGGAGAAACCAAUGUCGUUAUUCGAGUGCAGGGUCAAACUGUUCCGCGAGUGGUUCUCGCAGUGGAGCGCCGACCAGAAGGAAAGUUUCUUGAAACAGAUCAAGGAAAUUGACUCGGGUUUCGCCGAUAAAUUAAACGCUGAACUGCAAAAUGGGAUCUCAGAAAACCACGAAAAUGGAGAAGGGGUUUUGGAGGAUUAAUUUUCUGGAUUUUUUUUAAAUUAAUUAGAAUGUUAUUUAAUUUGUGAUAUUAGGUUGCUGAGUAUUAUCAAACACUUAUUGCAAUAUCUGAUUUUUUUUCAAUAAAGUUUUAUUUACUAAUUUUACAAAAA